AUGAAGACGGAGAAAGCGCUGGGUGGCGGAGUGAUGAUGAGGAGUGCCGACGAGAAGCGGAGAAGACUGUUGAACAGCAAGCGGAGGGAUAUCAACAAGAAGGGGGUCACGUACCAAGGCGAUAUCGGCCCGGUGACCGCCGGAGCCGGCGUGCAGCUCAACGCCGACGACGACGGAGAGGAGGAUCUCGUAAUGGUCGACGGUCAAGGCGAUCACUAUGAAGACGACGACGGGACCGAGGGUGAAGAAGCGCUUGAGCUCGAUGCCGCCGAUGAUGAAGAGGAUGAUGAAGAAGAGGCUGGGGACGAGCAGGGUGUCCCUACCGGAGACAGGCCCAAGCCCAAGACCCGCGACAGGCGGCGCGUGGUGCCCGAGGGCGAUGCCGACAUGCGCCUCGAUCGGUGGCUCAAGCUGCAGCUUCCGCACCUCCCCAACUCCCUCUUCCAGAAGCUCCUUCGCAAGCGCAAGGCACCCCUCCUCUCCGCCCUCGUGGUGGACGAGGAGGGCGACGCACCAACGAGCAGCAAGCGGACCGCCAAGCUGGACGGGAAGCGACAACUGCAGGUGGGCGAUGUGAUCACCUACCCGGCCUAUCUUGACACUCUCAAGCUCGACGCCAAGCCUCGCAUCAAGCGGGAAAUGAACCCGCUCUCCGAGGAGGACACGAAGCUGGCGCAGAGUUGGGUCAUCUACAAGGACAGCCGCCUGAUUGCACUCAACAAACCGCCUGGCCUGCCCGUGCAAGGUGGGUCCGAUGUGGGAGACAAUCACCUGGGUAGGUUCCUAUCCGCGCUCAAAUUCGACAAGGAGGAAGUACCAAGACUCGUGCAUCGCCUGGACAAGGAAUGUAGCGGUGUGCUCAUCAUGGGCCGAUCCCGCGCCGAUGCUGCCCACUUCACGUCGCUCUUCAAGAACAAGCACGUCACCAAGCAGUCCGGCCGGCUGGCCGUGCCUCUCAAGGAACUCGGCCAGGGCAUGGGCGUGGCAGCCAACAUGCAAGACGAGGGCGCGAAGAUGGCGGUCACCCGCUACGAGACCCGCGCCGAUGCGACCAACGAGGUUUCGUUUGUGGAGCUGUGGCCGUGGACGGGGCGGAAACACCAGCUGCGUGUCCACUGCGCGGAGGUGCUCAAGGCGCCCAUUCUCGGCGACGACAAGUACGGCUCGCGCGAGGCCUUCGAUAGGUUCGAGCUCAUGCUCGACAACAUCGACAACCUUCACCUUCACUGUCGCUCGCUCGAGAUUCCGCACCCCAUCAAGGAGAAUCAGAGGCUACGGAUUGUGGCAGCUCCGCCGACCUACUUCCGCCGCACGAUGGAUACGUUCGAGUUUAGCGAGCACGACGCGCCACUUCCUCCCGCCCGUGUGACGUCGACGGCGGGACUCAAGAAGAAGGCUCAAAAGGAAGCCAAGAAGGCCGAAAGGGAAGCCCAGAACAGAAACAAGAAAGCGAGAUCGGCCGAAGCGGCAGCAGCCAAAGGAAAGCAGAAGAAGAAGGAGAGCAAGCCAAAGAAACUGCACAUCAAAUGA